GUCUUGUCUGGGCCGGCGCCGAUCGCGCUUUGGGCGCUCGGCUGGUCGAGCCUGAGGCGGGCCUGUGGCCGCCGUUUCUCCCGCCUGGAGCCGCUCCCGCCUCGUCGUCGUGUAGGAAACAAGCCCGACUGGAAGCGAGGUCAGGAUGGCAGACGAUGAUAUUAGUGGAGAAGAUUACCCGGCGGAAAUUCACGAUUAUUUGUCAGCAUUUGAGAAUUCUCUUGGUUCUGUCGAUGACAUGCUAAAAACAAUGAUGUCUGUUUCUAGGACUGAGUUACUUCAGAAGUUGGACCCACUCGAACAAGCCAAGUUGGAUCUGGUUUCAGCGUAUACAUUAAAUUCAAUGUUUUGGGCGUACCUGGCCACUCAAGGCGUUAAUCCUAAGGAACAUCCAGUGAAGCAAGAGCUAGAAAGAAUAAGAACGUACAUGAACAGAGUCAAGGAAAUAACAGACAAGAAAAAGGCUUCCAAGCUGGAUAAAGGCGCAGCUUCAAGAUUUGUAAGGAAUGCACUUUGGGAACCCAAAUCUGAAAGUGAAUCAAAACCUUCAAAUAAGGCAAAGAGGAGAAAGUGAACAUUUAGUAUUGCGUACGUACUCCUGGAAAGUACACCAUAAGAAUACAAGAAUUUGUAUCUUCUAAAACCGAAUACUCGUAUGUCACAAAGCAGUUCAAAUGGAGAUGUAAAAUAUGAAGUAUUGGAUAUCACGGAACAGUUCAAAUGAAGAUGUAAAAUAUGAAGUAUUGGAUAUCCUUUUAAUAAAUCAUUCUGGCUUCCUUGCCACUUCAAGAACUUAAUAAUUGAUGGCUUUCUAAAAUUAAACAUUUUGAUGGAAUCUUUUUGGGGGCUUCAUAUUUUAGCAUUUUUUAAAUGGACAGCUCAGAUACACUUCAUUUCAAGGGACAUUCAAAUAUCCUGUAAUCAACUGCCGAUUUCCAAGAUCAUGUUCUUUAUGAACAUUUGUGCCUGUCUAAAUGGGUAAUGAAUGGCCGUGAGAAUUUUGUUAUAUGUAGUUCACAAAUAGAGUGACUGUAAGUACACCUGAUUACUGGUUAUUUAGUUGAAAGAAUGAAAAUAUGAAUUUUUUUCUGUGCAGUUGAAUUGUUGCGACUCACGGCAUGUUUUGAAAAAUUAUUUAUUGGCUUUAAUAAAAUUUGCACCCAACGUAAUGUUCA